AUGGCCAGGUUCCUCGUCGCCCAGCAAAAGUACCUUGAGUUACUGGAACUAGGGCAAACGAGCAAGGCUUUAUCUGUCCUUCGUCGCGAGUUGGCUCCGCUCGCAUCCCCUACACAUCCCAUCGAUUCCGACUUAUUCUCCUUGAUGAUGUGCGGAUCCGUGGAAGAAAUUCGUCAAAGAGCCAUGUGGAGUGGAGUUGGGCAAGGUAGUCGGAUUCGACUUCUGGAAGACUUGCAAGCUUUGAUCCCGCCUGACAAACUACUACCGCAUCGACGCCUCUCACAUCUUCUGGAGCAAUCCAAAAACUUGCAGCGUUUGCAAUGCCUGUACCAUGUCACCAAUCCCCCAAUCUCCUUACUGUCAAACCACACUUGUAGUCGAUUUUCAUUCCCAAUUCAAACGAGCCAUGUUCUUUCUCAGCACUCGGACGAAGUUUGGAGAAUUGAAUGGUCACAUGAUGGUACACGAUUAGCUUCAGCCGGUCGAGAUACCCGAUGUAUCAUAUGGAAGCUUACGCCAGUCAAAGGCAAUACCAGACAAAUCACUAUUGCGGUUCACCUGGUAUUGGACGGACACCCUGCUGGUAUCAGUUGCAUCGCUUGGUCUCCGGAUGAUAGUGUACUCCUGACAGGAUCUGAUUGUACUAUAAAAAUGUGGAACACUCGCACAGGUGAUUGCAUCUCGACAAUGGUCAAGCAUGAAUAUGAUGUAUCUGCUUUGUCGUGGCUACCUGACGGCCAAGGGUUUGUUUCGGGUGGGAUGGACUCGGAUGUUUUGUUUUGGGAUCUCAAGGGUCAAACCACUUUCAUGUGGCGGGUAUCGCCAUCUCGGAUCCUUGACUUGGCAGUCUCUCCAGAUGGAAAGCGACUGGUUGCAAUCGGUAUCGCACAAGUCAAUGUUGGGAAUAGUCAAACUGAACCUAGUCAGUCAUCAUCUGCGCAACUUACUCGUGAAUUGACAUGCGUGUCAAUAUCCCAUGACUCCAAGUACGCCCUUAUCAAUCAAUCACCGAACGAGGUACAUCUUUACUCAUUGGAUACCCAUUGCUUAAUACGACGUUAUGUUGGACAAAAACAAGGGGAAUUUGUUAUCCGUAGUUGUUUUGGAGGACUGGAUCGAAAUUUCAUUUUGAGUGGAAGUGAAGAUUCAAAGAUUUAUGUAUGGCAUAAAGAAACUGGGUCAUUGAUUGAAGUUCUAAAUGGACAUAGUGAAGGUAGUGUGAAUGCAGUGGCGUGGAAUCCGAAACAUCCGACUAUGUUUGCUAGUGCUGGUGAUGAUCAUACGGUUCGUAUUUGGCAAGCUCCGGGUGAUGAGCGAGAAAGUUCACCAGUGAAUGUGAAAUGAUUUCAGCAAUUAAAGUUAUUUUUCAGAACUUUGAUAAUUUUCUUUCUUCUGUAUCAUCAUCAUCAUCAUUUUUUUCUUUUGAACAAAAUGGUUAUAUUUAUAAAUGUCAUUUUUGAUCAUUAAUCAAACGUGAUAAACAAUGUAUUAUUUAUUAAAUAUGAAAGACUGUUUUUUUGUGAUUGGUCAAAGAAGUUGUUUUUGACUUUUCUUUAAAAAAACUUUUCUUAGUGUUUCUUUUUCUUUUCAAAACAUUUUUCUUUUAUGAAUGUUGUAAUCAGAUUUUUUAUUCAAAUGUAAUUAAAUGUGAUUUGUUGUGAUGAAUUUAAACUGCUUGAGUUUUUUUUGGUUUUUGAACAAUUUUAUAUCUUGUUAUCAAUUUGUUUUUUUGGUCUGAGCAAUUAAAUCAAUCUCUUUGGUUUU